AUGGCUCGACCACGCUUGUCGCUACCCCCUGGAACUGUUCGCUCUCGCCCACCAAAGCGAGGCGCUCGGCCCAACUCGUUUCUCAGCAAGCACUACGCCCUGUUCAAGUCCCUUACUCGCUACACGCUCGACGAACCCGCGGCCCCUUCACCACCAUCUCGCAAACGAUCUCUCGCCGCCAACCAAGCAUUAAGAUUCAAAGCUCGAAAGCUCGAUCGACUUCGACAGCGCUAUCCUGUCGGAGGCGUAUCGUCGUACGCCUGGCCCGUCCCAUUCUCUCCGCUGCGUGCCUACUCGCAAGAGCCAAGCGAGCGAGUCGACGAGCUGGUACAUCAAGUGGUUCGAGACACCUUUGAUGCAGACUAUGCCAUGUUCCGGUCGCCGGCAUGGGUGAAAGAGCACCGGAUCACCAAAGAUCACCUGCAACAUAUCAUUAUCGAUCCCAACCAGGUAGACGAGAGCGCAGCCGCGGCCAAAGCAUUGGUUGAAUCUGUGCUGGGUAAAUUCAUCUCUGGCGUCAAGAGGGGUUCUAUUGGAACAAGUGACUCAGCAGCCAAGUUUGCGGUCAAAGGCAAAGACGUGCGCUCCUCGUCGGAAGCCACCACCGCCGCCGCCUCGGAGAUGAUACAAGAGCCACAGACCACCAGCCCAAUCGUCGACGCUGCAACAAAGACGGUUGAUCCCAAGUUGAACGAAGCCGAGCUCGAUGAGGAGAUCGGACAGGUCGACGGGUACACUUUGGACUGGCGAGAUGUGCUGGACUAUCUUCAAUCCAAGGCGGCAAGCUCGAAAUCAACGCAGUGGAGGAAUUGGCACUUGCUCGCUGCUAUCAUCAGAACUCGGCAGCGCUGCGAGCAGCUGUUUGGCCACCAACCAUCGUGA